AUGGUACUUGAAAUAAUGGGCAAUCCUUACAGAAAUAUGGCAAAAAGAAAUUUAACCUGGUGCUUCUUUCAUGAAGUAGAAAAAAAUUCUGAAGCAUUUCCCAUUGAUAUUGACGAAUCAGUGUCUGUCUUGGAACUUGGAAAGAAAAUCAAAGAAAAAGUUAGAGAGUUAAAAAACGACAUCUGUUCUGAUAUUGAUGACAGUGAUCUAGAUUUACAGCUCUGGAAGGUUAAUAUCUCUAAUAGCAAUGUAGACAAGUUUUCGAGCCUUCGUCUACAAAAUGAUGAAAGUAAGGGUAUAGAGAAACUUGAAGGAACAAACCUUAUUAGUAAAUAUUGGGAGGGAAUGGAUAUUUUUGGUCAACUCUCCGAAAUGCUAUCCACAUUAAAAAAAAAUAAAAGUCAUGCCGAGAACUCCAUAUUACAACUCGCAUAUAGUGAAAAAAUCGUUAAUGAAAGCAAUGACAUUUUAUAUAAUAAUAUUAAGAUUACCACUUUGAAAGUGGCAGAAGGAUGGGCAUACAUUGAGUAUGAAAACGAGUAUAUUACAAAUAUAAUGAAAUUUAUCAAGAAAAAAGAGAUAUGCCUGAAUAACGUAAACUCUUUGCCAUUGGCAAUAGAUCUUAUCAGGAUAUAUGUAAGAUUCUGGGACCUAAAUUACCACAAAGAGGAAGUAGUCUUCGACCUGCAAAUACCUUACUUUAUUGCAAAAGUAUUAAGUGAUUUUGGCCUCACCGCAGAUACUUCUAAUUUUCAAGCAUGGCUAACCAUAAAAGAGCAGUUAAUCGAUCAGAAGUUCGAUGAAAAUAUUAAUGCAGAAAUCCAGAAAUAUCUUUUUUUGGUAAAGUAUACUCCUACAGAAAUCGAUUUUAUUCUUGAUAGAGGAGAACAGGAAAAAAUAACAGAAAAAAUUCCAAGACGACAUUCAAGAAUGAAAGACUGGUGUCUAUUGGAUAUGUAUGAUACAGAUAUAGAGAAGUCAACAUUGCAGGCUAUUGCGGAUAUCAUGGUUAUGCUUUAUAUAGAUGAAAAAGAGUUAUAUAAUCUUAAAAUAGUGGAUGAGGAAUUUCUGGGAUAUAUGAAUACAGAGAUUAAGAAUAAAGCCCCCCACAAAUACUUUUCAUUAGAGCUAGAAUGGGAACAGGCUUAA